CGUUGUUUGGAUCUGUACUUAGGCGUUCCAGUGGUUCGAGUAGUGACGUAUGCAAAACUAGGCUUCAAGGCGGAAACUCGGGAGAACUCUCAACAAUGGAGAAGCGCCGCGUUGAUCUGACCAUGAUCUCCGCGGAGACCGACUUCCAGGAAACGGACGACGCGGGUUUCGACGCAGCUGGUAACGCGGCCGGCUUGUUGUUGAAAGUUCUCCGAUCUCUCGAUAGGAACACCACAGGACCGAUCAGUGACGAAGCACUCGCGUACGCGAACAGGUUAUUGGAGGAACUAACAGCCGAGAUCAAGAUGGUCAGUCCAGAAGAUGAGAACUGGAAAGCCUGCCGCAACUUGGAGAGAGUCCGGGAGUUCGGAACCUCGAAAUUGGCACAGCUUCAGAGGAGAUUGAGGGCGAAGGAAAGGGUCGACAGGCAGAGGUUUGCGUCCUGAGUCCUUGGCAGGGCCAAGAUUCUGGCAAAAUACACAAAUUGUGAGAAUGUUCCUAGGUAGAGCUGGACAUACCUUGUUCGAGGCAAAUCACUCGGAACAUCCGAAUACGACUGCGAACCACAUUGGUAGUGGAUGACCAGGAGGCGCAUCGGAUCACAUCCGCGCAGGACUAUCGUCGUCAGGAUCGAGAGAGUCUUCUCGAUCUUACUCAUUGUCAGUCUGAUUCUCGAAAUAGAGGACAUAGAGAUUAUUGGAUUGGAUUUUUCUCGCUCACCGCAAGAGCUUCGGGCGGUGCAUGGCUGAUUCUUCGAACACCUACCCGCGAUCCCGAUUGAAAAUGAAUUCCGAAUAAAAUACG